AUGAGUAGUUCGGGUGAGCAGCUUACUUUAGCCAGGGACAUAAAACGAGCCAUUGAAUUGCUCGAGAAACUUCAACAAAGUGGCGAAGUCCCUGCCACCAAACUUGCAGCCCUGCAGAAAGUUCUUCAAAGUGACUUCUUGAAUGCUGUUCGUGAAGUAUACGAGCAUGUAUACGAAACAGUUGAUAUUCAAGGCUCAGCUGAUAUACGAGCUUCGGCUACAGCUAAGGCUACUGUGGCUGCUUUUGCUGCUGCAGAAGGCCACGCACAUCCCAGAGUCGUCGAGCUUCCUAAGACCGAAGAAGGUCUAGGCUUUAACGUAAUGGGCGGUAAGGAACAAAAUUCACCCAUUUAUAUUUCUAGAAUAAUUCCUGGCGGCGUGGCCGAUCGACAUGGAGGUCUUAAAAGAGGUGACCAGCUGUUGUCAGUAAAUGGAGUGUCAGUGGAAGGAGAGAAUCACGAAAAAGCUGUUGAGUUACUAAAGCAAGCUGUUGGUUCAGUAAAACUGGUGGUCAGAUACACUCCUAAGGUGCUAGAAGAGAUGGAAAUGAGGUUUGACAAGCAGAGAACUGCAAGACGACGUCAAAACUAUAACUAA